AUAAAAAGUUCCACAUAACCUAACAUCUGGAUGGAUUACCGAGUUUUAGUUUUCCUUUUUCAUGUGAAUUUAGGAAAGUUUUAAAAUAAAAGAAAUUAUUAAUCUAUUUGUAAUCUUAAAAGGUAAUUUUCUAAAUUUAUGAACAGGAAUGCACCUAUCCUAUUCUAUUCUCGUUUUAUAUUAAUUACUUAUUUGCUUCUUUUACAUUGAGUUAAACCAUGACAGAAGAACAGAUAAAUGAGUUGUCCAUUAAUGAGGAAGAUGAUGUAGUGGAUCCAUGGAAUGUAGCUGGAAAGUCACAAACUGGAAUAGAUUAUGACAAAUUAAUCAAAAGGUUUGGCAGUCAAAAAAUUGAUGAAGAGAUCAUAGCUCGGUUUGAGAAAGUAACAGGAAAGAAAGCACAUCACUUUAUAAGGCGGGGUAUAUUUUUCUCUCACAGAGACAUCCACAGUAUUCUGAAUCUAGUAGAGGCGGGCAAGAAGUUUUACCUCUACACUGGCCGAGGACCCUCGUCAGAGAGUAUGCACAUUGGGCAUAUGAUUCCUUUUAUGUUUACUAAGUGGUUACAAGAAGUGUUUGAUGUACCUUUGAUCAUCCAACUUACGGAUGACGAAAAGGCCAUGUGGAAGGAUAUAAAAAUCGAGGAUGCUCGGCAGAUGGCGUUUAGCAAUGCAAAAGACAUUAUAGCUGUAGGCUUUGAUCCUGCUAACACUUUUGUGUUUAAUGAUUUGGAUUUUAUUGGACAAUGUCCAGCUUUCUACCAAAAUAUGGUUAGGAUACAAAAGUGUGUGACAUUCAACCAAGUGAAAGGGAUCUUCGGUUUCGGCGAUUCUGACGUCAUAGGGAAAAUCACCUUCCCUUCCAUAGAGGCAGCGCCCGCUUUUUCCACCACAUUUCCUUUUAUAUUUGAUAACAAAGUUGUGCCCUGCCUAGUCCCCUGUGCGAUCGACCAGGACCCGUACUUCCGUAUGACGCGCGACGUGGCGGCCCGGCUCAAGAUGCCCAAGCCUGCGCUACUGCACUCCACAUUCCUGCCCGCGCUGCAAGGCGCUCAGCAUAAGAUGUCCGCCAGCGACCCCAAUGCCUCCAUAUUCCUCAACGACACACCAAAACAGAUCAAAAAUAAGAUAAACAAAUACGCAUUCUCGGGCGGUCAGGCCACAGUAGAGGAGCACAGAGAAAAAGGCGGCAACACCGACGUGGACAUUUCAUUCAAGUAUUUAACGUUCUUCUUGGAAGAUGACGACAGAUUAGCAGAAAUAAAGAAAUUAUACGAAUCUGGGGAGAUGCUCACUGGAGAACUGAAGAAAAUCGCGAUAGACACAAUAACGCCCAUCAUCCAGGACUAUCAGGCUCGAAGGACCAAAGUGACCGAUGACGUCAUGCAACAGUUCUUCGCUAUAAGGAAAUUGAAUUUUUAGUUCUUUGUAUUAAACUAAUGAUGCUUUAUGAAAGAAUUUUUUUAUUCGUCAUGUGUAAGUUAUUGAUAUUUUAUAAUGUGCAAGAGACUUGCUAAAGUUGUGUAAAGCGUUGGCUAAAUAGCGUACCUGAAAGGUAUAGAAGUUAAACUUAUAGAUAAUUUCCAGUUUAUUCUGCAAAUGAAACAUUAAUGUAGUUUGAAUUUCUAUAAUUUUAUAUAUUUUUUUCUUUUUGGCUGUAUAAUAUUAUUUUGAAAAAAAAGUUACAUUAUACAUAAAAAAGUUAUAUUGAACUGAACUUUUUAAUUUAUAAAUUGUAUAAAUUCUAAAUUAUUGAAAAUUUUUGCAUAAUACAAAUUGAUUAUUCCAUGACAAUAUAGAAGUUCUGUACAUUGCAAAAUACAGAUUUUUAUUUUUUUUGUAUUAUUUUUUCGUAAAUAAAUUCAGGGAGGCUGUUUGUACACUAAUAGAGCGUAUUUAAAAAUAAUUAUUCUUAUUUAGCAACAAUUGUUAUCUAAUAAGAAGCAUUUAUCAAAACAGUAUUUUCUGUUCAAUGUCUUUACGUGUCUAUAUAAUUAUGUAUAUAGUACAUAAGAAAUCUGUCCACAAAUCCAAUUUCGAUACUAUUCCGUUAUCUUUGUAUAUAUAUAAAGCUUGUAUUUUUAAGUUUCCAGAAUCUAUUUAUUACGGCUUUACCUCGCGUGUAUAUUUUAUUUUUUGCAACAAAAUAAAUUACAUGUAAUACUUGA